GCAUGUGGAUUUUAUUUUUCUUCUUCGGUGAUGUGACCACCACAUCUUUGCAUAUUAGGGGCCUCACUUUACUUUCUUGCCAAGGGCCCCCAGAUAUCUUGAAACGGCCCUGGUCUGGCACUUGUGUCGGCCUGAGUGGUGAAGGAGAGAGAGCCAGUGUGCGGUGCUUUCCCGCCGGUAUAAAUAGGUGUGGCGCGUCGGGCCCAGAUGUGCCACGCAUGUCCGCUGGUCUACCCCUAACUCCGCCUGCAGACAAAUGUUAGGAGAGAGACCAGCAGCCCACAUGACAAUAAGGGAGGGGUCAUGGCACUGAUGAACACAGUGUUUUAGUGACAUGAGCUCACAGUAGUUUUACUGCUUGUCCUUCCAGACUGACUGAAGUUCACAGUAUGAGUCUGAGUGUGGAUGAGGAGGAGGACGGAGCAGAGUUAUCCCAUUAUACAAACAGGGGUUUGUCCAUAAAGGAACCUCCAGGGGGCAGUAAUGAACCAGGACCCUCUGAUCCACAACCCAGAGCAGAGUCUCCAGUGUCCACAUGUCUGUCCAUGAACAGUGACCGGUCCAUGGGACAUCCUCUAGUGUUUAGUCCUGAACCUGGACCUUCAGACACAGAAGGUCAGUAUAACAGACCCAGAGCAGAGUCUCCAGAGUCCACAUGUCUGUCCAUGAACAGUGACCGGUCCAUGGGACAUCCUCUAGUGUUUAAUCCUGAACCUGGACCUUCAGACACAGAAGAGACAGAGAGGACUCAUGUUCCUGAGGUGGACCCACCGUCCUGUUCUUUGUGUCAGAAGGUCCUGAGUGAUCCAGUCCGGACCAGCUGUGGACACUGGUUCUGCAGACAGUGCAUCACUUCAUACUGGGACCAGUCUGGUUCAUCAGGAGACUCCUCCUGUCCCCAGUGUGAAGAAACAUCCAGAACAAGAGCUGGCCUGCAGAUCCACAGCACUGUACAAAUUGAACAUAAACUCAGUCUGAGGAGCAGAUGUGAAUGUGUGACUGAAGGAACUGAUGAAACAGGAAGUAGAACCCGUCUAAACCGGAUCUACACUGAGCUCUACAUCACAGAGGGACAGAGUGAAGACGUUAAUACCCAACAUGAGGUGAGGACACUGGAGACAGUUUCCAAGAAGAUCAUCCAAGAAAGACCAAUCAGGUGUCAGGACAUCUUCAAAGCCUUACCCGACCAGCAGAAACCCAUCAGAGUGGUUCUGACCAACGGCGUCGCUGGAGUUGGAAAAACCUUCUCGGUGCUGAAGUUCACUCUGGACUGGGCAGAAGGUUUAGAAAACCAGGACGUCAGUCUGGUGGUUCUGCUUUCCUUCAGAGAGCUGAACCUGGUCAGAGAUGAGCAGUACAGUCUGCUGACGCUGCUCCAUGUUUUCCAUCCAACAUUACAGAAGGUCACAGCAGAGCAGAUCAACGUCUGCAAACUUCUGUUCAUCUUGGACGGCCUGGAUGAAAGCAGACUGUCGCUGGAUUUCCACAACUGUGAGGUUGUUUCAGAUGUCACUCAGAAGUCAUCAGUCAACGUACUGUUGACCAACCUCAUCAAGGGGAACCUGCUUCCAUCAGCUCUCAUCUGGAUGACAUCUAGACCUGCAGCAGCCAAUCAGAUCCCUCCUUCAUGUGUGGACAGGGUAACAGAGGUCCGAGGCUUCACCACUGAUGACCAGAAGGAGGAGUACUUCAAGAAGAGAUCCACUGAUGAAGAUCUGUCCAACAAAAUGAUCUCACACAUCAAGACGUCCAGGAGCCUCCACAUCAUGUGUCAAAUCCCAGUCUUCUGCUGGAUCAGUUCUACAGUUCUGGAGCACAUGUUGACUUCAGACCAGAGAGAAGAGCUGCCCAAGACCCUGACAGACCUGUACUCACACUUCAUCAUGGUCCAGACAAAGAGGAAGAAGAACAAGUACAAAAAAAGACAUGAAACCAGAUCAAGAGAGAUGACAAAGGCAGACAGGAAAGUUCUUCUGAAGUUGGGGAGGGUGGCGUUUGAACAACUGGAGAAAAGAAACAUGAUGUUCUACCAAGAAGACCUGGAUCAGUGUGGUCUGGACAUCACAGAGGUCUUGGUGUACUCAGGAGUUUGUACAGAGAUCUUCAAAAGAGAGACUGUGAUCUUCCAGAAAACAAUCUACUGCUUUGUUCAUCUGAGUGUUCAGGAGUUUCUGGCUGCAGUCUACAUCUACCACUGUUACACCAAUAACAAGACAGAGGUUCUGAAGAGGUUUUUGGGAGACCAGGACAAGGACUCAGAAUCACCUUUCAUGAAAAUGUUCACAGUCAGUGACAGCCUGGAUGAUUUCCUCAGAAAAACCAUGAAAAAAUCCCUUAAGAGUGAGAACGGACACCUGGAUCUGUUUGUUCGUUUCCUUCAUGGCCUCUGUCUGGAGUCCAACCACAGACUUUUAGGAGGUCUGCUGGGUCAAAAAGAGAAUAGUCCAGAGCCUAUCCAUAAAGUCAUCAAGAACCUGAAGGAGAUGAACACUGAGGAUAUCUGUCCUGACAGAAGCAUCAACAUCUUCCACUGUCUGACAGAGAUGAAGGACCAAACAGUCCAUCAGGAGAUCCAAGAGUUCCUGAAGUCAGAGAACAGAUCACAGAAGAAACUGUCUGAGAUCCAGUGUUCAGCUCUGGCCCACAUGUUGCAGAUGUCAGAGGAGGUUCUGGAUGAACUGGACCUGAAGAAGUACAACACAUCAGAUGAAGGAAGACGGAGACUGAUCCCAGCUGUGAGGAACUGCAGAAAGGCUGAACUUUCUGACUGUGGACACUCAGAGACUCACUGUGAAGUUGUGGCCUCAGCUCUGAAGUCUAAUCCUUCACAUCUGAGAUUGUUGGAUAUGAGUCACAACAACCUAUAGGAUUCAGGAGUGAAACUGGCGUCUGGACUGGAGAGUCCAAACUGCAGACUGGAAACUCUGUGGUUGAGUAAAUGCAGUUUGUCAGAGAUCAGCUGUUCUUCUCUAGCCUCAGCUCUAAAGUCCAAUCCAUUCCAUUUGAUAGAACUGAGUCUGAGUGGAAACAACCUCCAGGAUUCAUCAGUGAAGGAGCUGUGUGGUUUCCUGCAGAGUCCACAUUGUAAACUUAAAUAUCUGAGGUUGUAUAAAUGCAGUUUGUCAGAGAUCAGCAGUUCUUCUCUGGCCUCAGCUCUG